AUGUCGUCAAAAACUUCUUUCCCACUACAUAAUGCUAGUUCUGAAGGUGAUAUGAAGCGUGUUAAGCUCCUCUUGCAAAAUUGCCCGAAUGUAGAGGCACAGGCUGCCAAUGGAGCCUCAGCUGGCAAGAAGACAACAGUUGAAUUGCUUAUCGAGUAUGGAGCUGAUGUCAAUGCUCAAGACAAGGACGGAAACACCGCCCUGCAUGAGCUUGCUUCUAGAGGUGACGCAGAGAUGGUCGAAUGGUGUAUCAAAGAAGGGGCUUCAGUCGAUGCUGAAAACAGCGAUGGGAAUGUCCCACUCUAUUACGCUGUUGUUCAUAACCAUACAAAGAUAGUUGGUCUACUAUUUUGUAAAAUGGCUAUAAAUUCCGUAACUUAUAGUUCCAAUGCUGGAGCCGAUCUGCGCGUGCAACAGUUCAGCUAUUACAAACAUUUCAUUAGUAAAUGUCUGUUUUGA